UUUAUCUUUUUACAUAUUAAAUAUUUUUAAUUUAUGUAAACUAGCCAAUAAUUAACUAAAUUUAUUCGACUCCGAGCUUGAGCAUAUUAUAAGACACUGUUUAGUUUUUUGCUUCUUCUUUUUUUCAGCAUCCGGUCUCCUUAAAACGAUUUAGCGCACUGUAUGUUAAAAAACAGAUGGCAGUUUAAGACAAACUAUUAUUAACAGACUGUAAAAAUAAAUGGGAAAUAAUGCUAAAUACAAAACACAUGCCAGUUUUUAAAUUCAAUAAUUAAUCAAUCGAUAAAUUAAAAAAUUCGCCUUAUAUAUACAGUAAUGUGAUAAUCGAUUAAUAAAAUUCUAUACGUAAAACGUUCUCGUUUGCGUUCGUCAACUGUUGUAUUGCUCCUUCUUAAACUUCACGAACUUUAUAAACUUCAUGUCGAUGAAAGCACUACAAGUAUCACUUACACGUCAGUAUACUUACGUAAUACGCAUUGUGUGAUGCUCCAUGGAAAAUUCGUGCGAAAUAGCAACAGCAGUAAAUAGUGCGAAUCGUGAGCGAAGGACCGUCUCUAAGAAUGCCCGUGAUAUGACGCUAUGCGAAUUAUUCUUCUUAUCGUAUUUUACAUUGCGACUUAUGCGACAAGAAUCGCGAUUGGUGGCGAUAUUGCCAAAACAGUGCCAGGUAUAUACAAUUUGGAUGACACCAAAUUCCUCUCAACUGAUCUCUUCGUUAAACUUCUUCGCAAUUUUUAUAUCUAUAUAAAAAAAACUUGCUUUAUUUUGUAUCAACGACCGUUAGUAAAAUUGUUCUGAUAUUAUCGCAUAUAUUCUUCUAACAUCUCUUUCUCCGACGUUCGCAGGUAACGGCAUGAGAUACAUUUUUGAUGAGAAAAAUACAACGCAAAGUAGAAUAUCUGAAAUACCUAUCGAUGCUGAAAUUCAAAUGGUGAAUAAGCACAACAGGCAAUUGCUAAUAGAGAAUCAAAUCGAUGGCUCCCCACAAAGCAGUAAAAUUCCAGACAAGUUAGAACGAAUCAAACGAAAUCUACGAAAAGGGAAGAAAUAUGCGAAGAAUUCUCAUAGCAAAAUCGCGCGUUAUCGGAACGAUUACGUGGGCGAUGACUACGUCGAUGAGGAGGGAUUUCCGAUCUGGCAAGUUUUGGAAUCAACUAUUCCGGUUGCCACAAUUAAUCUAGACUCUACGACGAUGAAAACGGAGAUGAUUAACGGAGACGAUGAGAAUUUAGACUACGAUCGCUCCUUCAAUGAGGCUGCAUUCCCUAUCGCCGAACGAUAUCCAAAUUCGCGGAGAUUAUUUGACAUGAAUGGUUCUAAAAGAAAUCUAAUACUUUCCAAAACUGCGAAUCCGAAAUCCAAAAUUAUGGUCAAUGUACAGAGCUUUGAAGGAUUGAAUAAUAAAAUGCUGCUCCCUGCGUAUCGUCCUAAAAUACUUGGCGCGAAUUCCUCCGUGAGCUUCAGCUAUCCUAAAGGAUUUCAACGGCGAUACAAUGGACGAAAAAGCUCUUCAAAUCCAUAUACUUCUAGAGAAGAAGUAUUUAAUGAUCGUCUAACGGGGUCCAAUAAAACAUUUUUAUUAGUACCGGUUUCUAAGGACCUGUACGUUCUGAAGGAUGUCCAAGAGACAGGCGUAGAUAGAAUAAUUAUACCUGAGAGAUAUAAACCGUUAGAAAGGGAUAAGGAUAAUGCAACCUCCGCUAUUCUCUCGUUCAAGGCGCACAUGCACCACGAUGUGAAAGACGUCGGUAGAGCGUAUCUUCCGAGAGGCGAUCACCGUUUAUCUGAUGAGAACGCGAAUUAUUUAUACUCCACCCUUGAUUCACGUAUUCCCGAAGAAAACGCGAAUCCCACGGUGCCGCCGUCCUAUCCCGACUUCCUGUAUCCGGGCGUCGCCUUUCAGAUUCGUCCGAAUUCAAUCGACGCUGUUUCCAAGAUUCCCGAUAAAACUGCUUCUCCCGUUUCGGAUUACGACAAUAUUUCCAUAGUGGAUGUUCAUUCACGCGGCGGAACCAAUCCCUAUGACUUGCCGCCAUUUUUAUUAUCUUCCACCCUUAAUGUUCCUAAUUAUGAUGAAUCUUUGAAGGGAAUUAAUGGUCAACCAAGUGUUGAGUCUGUGACAAAACUAGACGAUGAGAAUUUGUUUCAGGGUAGCGAAAAUUACGAAAAAUCUCCGGGGUACAACGAGUUUGGUGUCGAAUUGACAACUGCGAGCUUCCGAGAUACUUUUGACACCCUCGACGACAAUAUAUAUACGCCAGUCACUUUGGAAAAUGUUGAAAUUGACUUAACUAAUGAAGAUAAAGAAGUAUUCGAUAUGCCACAAGAUCGAGAAGACGACUCUAAAUUUUCGACAGAAUGCAACGAAGAUAAACCUACAGUAGACUUUAUAGAUGACAUUGCGACGCGACAUGGCGCUGCCUUUGACGCAUCUGCAAAUAAAGAUAAUACUUUCUUUUCGAAUAUUACAUGCACCUUGGUUAAUAACGCUGUUUUAAAUAGCGAGGGUGUAAACAAAAAUAAUCAAGAAUACGGAAUGUCAGUUCCAAGCGAAUAUAACAACGAAAAGUUAACUCAUUCUAUCAAUUUCGAUUACGACAAUAGAUUUAUUGAUAAAACGCCGUUUAGUAAUUAUAGCACCGGAGUCGAUUGGCUCUUUAAUACGGAAGAGUAUGUGACAUCUACGUCGUUGUCUCCAGAUACCGAAUGGCCAUUGAAGAAAGGGCAAUCUGAUGUGGCAAAUUCGCGCGUUCUCUUAACGGCAAUUAAACCGUUAUCCUCGGAGUUACAAAAAUUGCUGAGCGCAAUCAAAUUAGUCAAUCGGAGCCUGAGCGACGUGCAAGACAGACUGUGCGAUAAAAAAAACAAUGUCAGAUCAGCGAGGACCGAGCGAGAGGACAGAAGGGACACACAUUUUGCGAGGCUAGCUGACAAAGUCGAUCGUUACGAUUCUGAUCUCUCUACAGAAAGUGUUAACGAUCAGUCUUCAGACAACAGACGUAUUAAGAUCGAAGGUGUUGCAGAACGUAACGUGAAAAUUAGAAGAAAACCCAACGAUCUCUUUUUAAAUAAAUUAACGAGAUUGUCUCGCAAGCGCGAGAAUUCGAUUAGCAAUUCAGACGUACAGGGUGGUCGCGGAAACUUCGUCAAAAAGAGAAAAUUUAACGAGGGAGAGUCUCCGAAAUCAGGCGACGUUGAGGGACGCAGAUUGCCUCAUUCGAGAUUUAAUAGAAAUUUGAAGUCUCUAACGAAAAGUUUAUACGAGAUGCGAGUAAAGCCAAUGCGACAGUUUAUCGAAUCCGGAUUAAAAAGAAUGAAACGCACAACGACGCCUAUUGCAAGACCGUCGCGUUUGAUUAAAAGUAACAUAUUGAGGGAAAAUAAUUUUGCAAGUAGACGCGCACAAAAUCAUCAGAUAAGCAAAUCAAUAAUGCAACUGAAUAAAGCAUCCUUCUUUGAUACGUCUACAAAGAAGGAUAAUUCUGCGCAUUUCUCGUCGAAUGACAAACGCGAUCUGACGCAGCGCAAUGCGGAGCAAGUAGUGUCGGGCGAAAUAUCUACUUCUAACAAGGAUAAGGAGAAAAAAUUCUCUCCCACUGAUCCGCAAUUUUACAAAGAAGCAACGGCUUAUCUCGACAUACUUCGAUUGUUGGAUAAGACUGAGAAACCUUACGUAGAGUACGCAACCGAUGUGACCACACAGAAUUUAACGGGGUCGUUGCCACCGCUGAUUUUUACAACCACAGAAUUUUCUGCGUUAACAUAUUCGCUGUAUUUCACCGAGGCACAAACAAUUACAGCUUUAAGUACAGUAGCGGAAAAGAAAGAAGCUUUCGAAGUGACCGAAUCGUCUUUAUACGAGUAUGUAACGGUUACUGAUUUUGAAUACAGCGAGAGCUACGACGAACGACAUUAUACGAGAAUGGCGCAACUGCCGGUUACGCUGAGCGCUUUUACCAUUACAAUGCCAACUACGUUGCCAUUAUUUUAUACGACAGAAUUAACAAUUCUUCCGAUUGACGAAGCAUUCUUAACCACUGAGAUCAUUACUAUACCCGUAACGGUAGUUGCGCCAUUCACUACUGAAGUAACCGAGAUUCCCAUCGUAAUUCCGACGAUAGAAAAAUACACGAUCGAACCUGUCAUGCUGUUGACUUCAUUUUUAGAGGGUAUGACGGAUAUUACUUUGAAAAUUACGAUCCCUGCAGCCACUGAAACUUUGGUCGAAGAGACUACUGCGUUAAUUGCUGAGAGCGUGACUACGGCGGAAGAAACUGUGGAACCUAUCUCUACGACUUCGGCGACGGAAAUAGCGCAAAGUUUAUUUGUUGAAACAAAUAUGUCUUUGUAUACAUUCGCGACGCUUUCGUUAGUCAAGACUACGGAAACAGAAUUAACGAUUAAAACUACAACUUCCAUCAUACCAGUUUCGAUAUCCCUGGCAAAGAGUCCUCAAAUUGAAACAUCAGAAUCUACAUUUAGCGAGAUUUUGUAUAAAACUGAGAUUACUCCUGCAAUCGCAAGUUCGCCUAUAAUUUUAGAAAGAACAGAAACAAUUUUGAGUACGUCGACAGAGGUCGAGAUAGCUACGUUAACACCAGAAGACGAGAGCCCAGUGACACAGAUCGAGAAAACUAUAACGGCGGAAGAAACAGCUACAGAAAUCCCGACAACUAUUGAAACUUCAACGCCUACUGAAACCACAAUAAUCAUUACUGAAAGUUCAACAACAGCUACGGAAAUUUCGACGUUUGUAAAAACUACAAUAACUGAAAUUCGAACAAUUAAUCAAACUUUAACAACUGCGAAAACACCAACAUCUAUUGAAAUUUCGACAACCAGCGAGAUGCCAACAACCAGUACAAUUCCAACGACUAUAGAAACUACAAUAUCUAUUUUGACAACUUUCAAAACUCCAAUUACUAAAGGAAUUACAAGUGCCAAAACAAUCACGCCCACUGAAACUCUAACGCCUAUUGAAAUUAAAACAACUUCGGCCGAAAAUUUGACAAUUACCGAGAUUUCAACGUCUGCAAAAAUUACAAUAAUCACCGAAAUUCCAACAAUUACGGAAAUAUCAACGUUUACUGAAAUUUCGACAAUCGUCGAGACAUUAACGAGCACAAUUCCAACGACUGCAGAAACUGUAGUAACUACAGAAACUGUAACAUCUACUGAAAUUUUAGCAACUACCAAAAUUCCAACGACUAAAAAAACGACUAUCACUAAAGCACCAACAAUUACGGAAAUACUAUCAACUACCAAAAUUCAAAUAAUUACCGAAAUUCCAACAUCCACUGAAAGCUUAGAAACCACCGAAAUGGUGAUUUCGACUACACAUGUGGAAACAACUGAAAGCACUUUCACUUCUACGACAACACCUGUUACAACAGUUUCAAUUAAAACUACAGUUCCUACGUUAAAAUUAACAAGUACAACGCCGUUGAUUACAAAUACAACGAUAAGUGAAAUAUUCCCUACCACAAUUCCUAGCACAUUUUUGACUACGACAAAAAAACCUGUUACAACUUUUUUUAAAACUAUAGUUCCAACCACAGCAACGCUUAUUACAAGCACGACAAGUGAAACGCCGAACACUACGCUUUCUACACUUUUAACAGAAGAAACUACAGCCUCCCCGAUAUCUAUGACGACAGCGUCUUCACUUGAGACAUCUCAAACUACGACUGUAUCGUCUGUAAUUUCUACAACGGUGUCUACAAUCGAAAAGAUCCAAACUACAUUACCCAUCACGAUCGUGAAUGCGACAGUUUCUACAGCUGCUACCGUAAUCACAACAGAAAUCCUCGAAAGUACAAUGUCUCCUGUUAUAUAUUUUACGGUAACAACGCCUACUGUCACUAAAAUUCCAAUCACGACUAUUGUAAUGGAUACUGGAACAACAGUUUACAAAACUACUUUAAUUACUUCAUCCUUUUUAACUGAGACCAUCGAAAGUACGACGUUCUCUGUAACAGAAUAUGAAGAGUACUACUACGAAAGCACAAAAGAAAAAAUAACAGCUACCAGUACAAAAGAACGUACAAUGAUUUGGCUUACUACAGAAAAAAUUACUAUCACUGAAGGAACAACACCCUCAUAUUUUAUUGAAACGACUACGGAAGCAACUCCUCUUGUAAUCGAAACGAUUACUUUGUCCACGGUACCCGAAAAAAUGGAAUUGAUUGAAAAAAAUGUCACUGUGACUCCCCUAACAACUGAGGAAAUAUCUACACUUUCGAAAGUUACUUUAACUUCUACUGAAACAAGUACAGUGUCAGAAACAGAGACAAGUGUUACGGGUACCAGCUCAGUACUCAUAACAGCUGUGACUACUACUUCACUUUUGGAAGAAACUACCACAGAAAUUACGGAGACAAGCUUGAUGGCAGUUAUACCCUUGUCAACUACUGAACGACCGGAAUAUAUAACGAUUUUAGAAACUGGAGUCAUCGUGACACUCGCUCCAUUUUCCGAAUCUGUUCUGUCGAUAAUAAUUACAUCGGAAAUGCCUCCCACUGUACCAGAAGUAUCAGAAAUUAUUUCUAUAUUGCCAGAAACUGUAUCAGAAGAAUUUACAACGUCAACGACUGAAAGUUCACCAAUAAUAUAUACUACCACAUUAUUUAUCGAAACAACGGCCGCUAUUUCAGUUUCGGUAGCAACUACUGAAGAAACUCUAGAAGCUGAAACGGAAUAUUAUGUAACAAAAGAACCAUUCUACAAAGAGGAAUAUGAAGCGUGCGAAGAAUAUGAGACGGGAAUACCGAGCGAAUGGCAUUAUUACGAGGAAUAUGAAACCACGACGAAGAAAAGGACAACAGUAGCGGUAAAAUAUACAAAAUUGUCUACAGAAAAGGCGACAAGUCCGCCUUUUGACAAAGGUACAACUCCGUACAAAGUAGGGACUUCCGAGUUAACAAGAUACUCAACAUCUUUCGAGACUACAUUGACUUAUACUAAUGAGACUUCAACGACGGCUACCGCGGAAAUAUCUUAUACCGAAGAAGUUACUUCGACUUCUUCCUUGGAAACGUCAACAUCGGCGAUAUUUGAGAAUGUAACGACGGUUGAGGUAGAAAUUAAAUUUACCGCGUCUGCCGCGAGUGAAGAGACAGAAUCAACAACGACGACGUGGUUAAGCUUUGGCACUACCGAGGAGUACACUCUUCCCCCUUCGACAACUUUCAGAAUCCCGACAGAACCACUUGAAUAUCUAACAAUUGCUCCCAGGUAUACGGAUGCAGAACGCUUUAUCUUGCCAAAAUUUGUCACCAAGCCUAAAGAAAUUCCGGAGAUUAUAUUGAAAAGAACUACGACAGCAGAAGAGGUUUCGACAGACACUGAGAUUGUAGAGAAGUUAACUUCUUUCUCCGUAUCACCGGCGCUAACAACAUUAACGGAGAAGGAGGCUUUUAAAACUGAAGUUACUUUGGCGAUAACGGAUGAAGAAGUGACCCUUCCGCGUAUCACGCCGUUUAUCACAUCUGAGGCUGAAGUUGAAUUUACUACGACAAGUAAAACUGUCGGACGAGAAGAACAGAGAAAACAGUUGUUGCAACGACUCGAUGAUCUUAAACAGUAUGAGAGAGAGAUGGCGGAGAGAGAAGAAAAGCUGAAGGAGAGGGAAAAACAGUGGGGCAAAGAAAAGGAGAAACGCAGGAAAAUGAUGCAACGUGAAAAAGAGAAGGAAAAAAAUGUUACAAUAAUAGCUGGUACAACCGAGGGUAAUGUCACGACGACCACUAUCGCCGUCUCAAUUACAUCUCCCGUUGAGACUGUUGGUACAGCAAAUUUGACAGUCUCCACUAUCACAGAGACUGAAGUCGCAUCUCCUAGUUUUGAUAUGUUUACUACAUCGAGUUUAGUCGAAAUUAGUACGAUUUCAAGUGAAACAACUCCAUUUAGCGUUACAGAAGAAAUUACAUCUACGACAUAUACUACGGAGAAGACAGAAGAAAUGACAACAGAAGGAAGUACGUCUAUCACAUAUGCUACAGAAGAAACAGAGGAAGUUACAUACUACACAACAGAGAAAAGUACAUCUAUUAUAUACAUUGCAAAGGAGGAGGAGAAAGAAUAUGUCACCGUAACGUCAUACGUCACUGCACCUAUGGAUUUAUAUACCCUUGGUUUGGCUACAAUUGAAAGUACGACUUUUUAUACCAUCGAAGAAAUGUAUACCGCAAGUUACGUAUCUGAAACAACUCCAUUCAGUAUCACGGAGGAAACUGCAUUUACUACGGAGACAACGACUAUGAAAGAAAGUACAUUUAUGACGUAUGCAGAAGAAACAGAGGAGACAGUUAAACCUUAUAUUACAGAGAGCACAUCUAUUACAUAUCCCGUAGAAGAAACAGAAAAAGUACAAAUUACGUAUUAUGUAACUCCGACGCCGUAUGUAACUACGUCUGUCACGGAUUCAUAUAGUAUCGGUUUACCUACAAUUCAAACAACGACUCCUUAUACUAUCGAAGAAACGUAUACUACAAGCUACGUAACCUUUUACAGCGAACCUUUAUUUGUUUCGCCUACUAUUACCAGUCCAAUUACAUCAACUAUUGGUAAAUUUGUCACACUACCCAUUGCUACGUUUAGUGAAAGAUUUGAGGAAGUCAGUCCAACUUCAGUUUCAACUCCUGCUUGGUACACCGCAGAAAGAUACACAGCAAUUUAUACGGAUAUUUAUGGUAAACCUUUAUUUACUUCACCGGCAUUAGAGUUUACUAGCACAACUGUUUCGUCAACUUUGGUUAUUAUCACGACUACAGAGAUAAAAUAUGAGGAAAUAGAAGAGGAAAUAGAAAGAUUGAAAGAAGAAUUGCGUUGGAAAGAACGCAAGUUAGAGGAAAGAGAAAAGAUUUUAUUGGAAAGAGAGAAAAAAUUAGAGAGAGAUAUAAAGGAAUUUGAAAAGUAUAUGGAAGAGUUUGAGAAGAAAAAAGCGUCAGUUACAUCGUCGAAAAAAUCAACUGUGCUCACAAGUUUAUCGACGCCAGUGCCGCCGACUGAAAGAACCACUGUAAAAGUCCCAACAACGCAGAUUAAAAGGAUAACUGAGAAGAAAGAAAACCAAAUGACAACGAAGAUGGUAACGUCUCAACAUACAAAAAUAAAAGACAUUGAAGAGGAAAAACGAACGAAUCAUACACCUAAAAAAACUAUCACGCAGGAAGAAGAAAUCGUGACGAAACGGAUAUGUUUGAAUGUUUUAGAAAAUACGACGAUACCCUUAGAUAAAAGAAGAAGAGACAUUGAAACCAAAAAGAUCUGUUUGCCGUACAUACCCGAGAGAAAUGAAGAGAAGUCAGUCGGUCGAUUAAGUAGAAAGCUUCUUGCUUUACAAAGUACGAGAAAAAUUAAAAGGCCAAAGAGAGAUGUUCCAUUAGAUCUUCGGUAUCGCGGAAGGAUAAUAGACACUACGCGUAAAAUUGACAAUCUGCAGCUGUCGCGUAAUGAAUGGUUGAGCAAUGAAACCACGAAGCCGCUGCGACAUUUUAAAGGUUUCGCUAGGAUUUACAAAAAAAUAAAUUUUCAAAAAACAAUUAAAACUAAUACUGACAUGCAAAGAAAUAUGACUGACAAAUUUCUAAAUAGAACUCCUUUAUAUGAACAACGUGUUUUGGAUCAUAAAAGUUUCUUUCAACCAACCGCAAUAUCUAUGUUAGACAAUAAGGAAGAUAAAACAAAAAACGCUUUCUUCAGAUAUAAUUUAAUUUCUGAAAAAAGAAAUAAUUUCCUCACUGAUGACAAAGCAAGUAUCCAAAAAAGGGACGUUUCAUUAAUAGAAAACAAUGAACGAUUUUGGUCAAAGGAAAGUAGAGACAAUAUUUCGAAUCAAAAAGUAACAACUGCAACAACCGAAGAAAAUGGAUUUUAUACGGUGAACGUAUUACAUCUCAAUUAUAAUGAGGAUAAACAAACGCAUGAAGUAUUAUCUACUAAACCAAAUAAAGACAAAUUGACAGCAAUUUUAUCUGAAUCGAAUGAUAUUUAUAGAACUGAAUUCGGUAAGAAAAUUACAACACCAUACUAUGAGGUCGAAGAGAAAGAUGAAGAUCUAGAAGAAGAUGAACUGUCAGAAGAAGCUGAGAAAAAAAUAGAAGAUGAAAAAGAUUAUAUCGAGGAUUUGAUAGAAGAUUAUAUGAAUUACAAGGAGAAUGAAACAUCGACGCAAACACAGAAUGGAAGAUUCAAAGAUGACAGAGUCAAGGAUAAAAAAAUGACUGAAAAUGAAAGAAAAUUAUUAGAUCAAGCGUGGCCCAUCGAGAAAAGCAUGUCGUAUCAUUUAGGCGGCACUAGAUUUUGGGAGCUCGACUUUGUUACAGAACCAUCGGCUGCAUUGCAUACGAUUGAUAAAAACAAAACGACCAUCGACGUGUCAAACAUCAGGACAACCUGUUUCGACGUUAUUCUUAAAAACGAAACUGGCGAAGCAAAGUCUAAUGUAUCUUAUCACAAGCGCAACAUUCAUAACAAUGAGAUGGAGAAGCAAGUUUCUAUCGACAACAGAAGUGCCAGUCUUAAAAAUGUAACGAGAAAAAAUGCGUUGCGUAACAAGUUAAAAAUGGAGCGAGCCAGGCAGAUAGCGAGAAAAUUAAGACGCGAUUCGCAAAGAUCGCACGAACCGAAUGAUUACAAGCGGAGUUUCGAAGAAGAGAGAACAGUGAAAUUUAACGAUUUCCGGCGUACCAGUAACGAAGAUUUAAUAACAGCGAAAAAACGCAAGCUGUGCGGUGUUAAUGCAAACAAAUUGAAGCGUCAAAGUGUUAAACACAAAGACGCUACAAACAAACAUAAAAAGAAGCAACCAGCAAAGUCGCAGACGUUACAGAAUGUUACGAAUUUACGUUCCAUUUAUAAUACAGGCAAUUGUGUCGCGAAUAAAAAGAGUAAUUAUCGUCAAACGACGACUGCGAAUCAAGUAAAAACUACCAACAACAAGAAGGCUAACGAGAAACUGACGCAUUCCACUGCCGCUAACCAUAAAGCUAAACCUAGGUCGCGCGAAAGAAAACUUCAUAAUUGUUUUAAUUGCAUUUGUGACGUCGUGAACGUAAUUAGCGACAUAAGAUCUUUACUGGACCGAAUAAGUUUCCCGUUAGACGAAAUUAAAGCACUUAAUUGCAGCAAGUAUAAAGACAUCCAGGAUAAAAUAGUAAUCACAACGGAUUCCGACAUGGAGGAGACUAGAGAAUUUCCACAACCGCAUUACAACAUUGAGUCGCUGAAGGGCCAGAAGUAUAUCAAACUGGAAGAGCUGGAGGAUAAUUUCAAGAGCGACUUGGAAUUUGACAGCGAUUACGAUAUUGUUUCAUUACCCGGCCUUAAUCUCAACUUACCCUGCAAUCGAGACAGCGAAGGUAUCACUUGGCUAUCGAGCGUCAGCAGACCGAGCUACACGUGGAAAAGGGCGGAUGGCAUCGCGCUCUUCGGUUUCGUGGCGGAAAAUGGCGAUUUGGAAUUGCGAAACGUGAACGCGAAGGAUACGGGAAACUAUACUUGCGUGAUGACGCACAUCAACCCCGACAACGAGGAACCCGUGGAGACCGCUUACGAGAUCCAUUUGCAAGUUGUCACGCUACCGAGGUACAUUGUGCACGGAGAAAAUCGUUACCACGUACGAUCUUGCGAUGAAAGGGAUUUGGACGCGUUGGUGACGUAUCUACCCCUAAAACUGAACAGCGUAAUAUGCGAAGCGGAUUUCUGCAAUGCUUAUGUCUUAACACCGACUUGCUCUCGAAGUCAAAUUACAAUAAAUAUUCUGCUAGUUCCUUCGCAUAUCGUUAAAUUAAUGAUGAUCGAUCCUAAACGCUGCAACGUAGUCUGUCUUAAAACCAUUCAAGAUAAACUCUCCCUGAUACUGAGUACAAAUUUGCAAAUCUUUCUCAGGAAGACUAAUUACCACAUUAUGAGCAGAGAUUGGUACCGGUCGUCAAAAAGUCGCCGUUCGCAAGACGAAAGAGAGGAAAGACCGAUACAAACGUGUCCGCCGGGAGAUCCAACAAUGUCGGUUUAUUUUCCAGCUGUCCAGCAGGAUACGGUCUUCGUGAUAUACGUUGUGUUCCUUGUAAUGUGGGCACUUAUAGCGAGGAUGGAGUAUCGCAUUGUAAGAAAUGCCCGCCUGGCACAUAUCAGCCGAAUCACGGUGCCAGAGUUUGUCGCACGUGCACUAAUCCAAUGACAAAAGGCUGUUAUAAUAUGGUGCAUGUUCAAUUGCAAUUUGUAAAAUAUAUAGUGUUCGGCAAUAUAUGGAAAGAAAUUUAAGGACUAAUUCUAAAUGAAAAGACAAAAGUAAAAAAUAACAAAGCCAUAACUAAGACGUCGUAAUUAACUGUAGUUUGUUAAUUAUAAAUGUCUAAAUCUUCACGUAAAAUGUAUUUAAACCACGUGAAUAUUUAGAUAUAAUUUAGAUACAUAUAAUUAAAAAAUAAAACCUUAAUUGAAGUUUUGUUAUUUUUGAUUUCCGUCUUAUUUUAUUAUUUAGAAUUCUCUUUAAAUUUUUUUCCACUUGUUGCUCAACGUUAUAUACAACAUUUUAAAAUUAUAUCUAACAGUAUUUUGAUUUCAGUGCACAAGUGUAAUGUUACAAUUAUUAUAUGAUAUAUUCAUAAAUUUCUUUCUUUCAUAGCUUUGGAAUUCUUUCUCCGCUGUAAUGGUAACUUUGGCAAGUAUUGGCGCAAUGCUGUCGAUAUGUUUGUUACUAUUAUGGCUAAUUUGCUGCGCUAAAAAGAAAUUCUGCAUAAAACGAAUAGCUGGUGUUGUCACUAAGGAAGAUUCGUUUGAAAAAGAGGUAAAACUGUAAUGCUAAUAUUAGAAUUUAAACAAGAGAUAAUAGAAAAUUGACAAUCGAUUCGUUUACUUUAUAGAAAUACAUGGAGGAGCAACCUUUGAUCAAGGAUGAAGAUCAGCAAUGGUAUAGAAUUAAGAAAAAGAAGGGAAAGUUUUAUCUAAAUAAAAAACGUCGAAAACAAAAUGAAAGAAGAAAAUGCGGCAAGACGCACGUUCGUACAACUGCUAAAUAUAGGACAAAUUUUUGUUACAAUUCUCAAAAAAGUUCACCUUAUUAUAAAUUUAACAAAAUUAAAGAUUGUUAUUGCCUAAAGCUAAUUUUGUUUCUGAUUUUCGAUAUAGGUACACGAUGAUGAAUGGGAAUUGCAUCGCACAAAAAAUGCUCCAGUUAUUAGCCCAGGCUCUUAUCAAUCUCAUGAAGAUUACAACAAUCGUAAGCAUUUUUAUAUAUACAUAUAUAUGUAUAUAUAAAAUAUGUAAGAUUCUUUAUCCUACUUUUUCACAUGUUACGCGUUACAUGUAUUCGUACUUUUAUGUAAUAUAAUAAUCAUCAACUAUGCAUAGAUUAUCCAAAACGCUCGCAUCGUAGAGGACCACAGCUGCCAGAAUGUGAUUUUGAUACAUGACAAAAGAUACACAUGUAAGAAGAUGUAUUGCGAUGCAAUUAGCGCGGAAGAUAGUUACGUAGUCUAGGAGAAGCUUGUAAGAUACUUUAGACUCAAUUAUUGAUUGAAAUACUAUGUAACAUUUAUCCAAUGCAUACAUCUAUUUUUAAUAUAUAGCUAUACCUAUUAAAUAGCACAUUAAUUAUACUUAUUAUAUUAAAAACAACAUGUUAAAUAAAUAUUAUAUCCAUUAUACACAAAAAGUGUUUUCAGAUAUUAUGAUUAUAUAACAUUGUAUUUCUAUACAUAACCCUGAUUCAUUAUAU